AUUGAAUAUACAGGGAGCUGGAACAAUGGGCUCAAUGUGAUAUUUGCUUCAAAUGGAGAAGGCUGCCUGCUGAUUAUCUUCUACCACCUCAGUGGAGAUGUCAGGAAAAUGUUUGGGAUCUUUGCAGGUGCUCAUGUUCUGCACCAGAUGAGUUAGCACCACAGGAGCUCGAAUUCCUCCUCAAAAUGGAUAAAGAGAGGAAGAAACAAAGUAAUGAGAUGAAUUGCAAAUCAGUAAACACAGAGGAGGUUGAUUCUGAUAUGGCAGAUGCACAGGUAAAUGUGUCAGGUUCUAAAGAUGAUGAGCAGGAGGGUGGGUCCUCAAUAGCAAAAACUACGAAACACCCCAGGCAUCGCCCUGGUUGUUCUUGCAUUGUAUGUAUCCAGCCUCCAAGUGGAAAGGGCAAGCACAAGCCAUCAUGUUUGUGCAACGUUUGCAUGACUGUCAAACGUCGUUUCAAGACUCUAAUGAUGCGCAAAAAGAAACGACAGUUGGAGCGGGAAGCCGAACUUGCUCAGAGGGAUCAGUAUAUGUGGGGUGCUGCAAAGGAGGACAAAGCAGAUGUGAAGGAUAGUAUAAUUCCCGGACAAGUGAGAUUGCAACCAAGCAGCCACCAGCUUUGUAGGACUUCUGAAACAGGGAAAGCUUUGCUAGAUUUGAACUGUCACCCAAGUGAAGAAGCUGUGGCAGAUGCAUCACCACAUGUUAGCAUGUUGUGCCUUCUUCAACAAGCUAGCCUGUCUUUACAAAAUUAUCUGAAGCAAAGUGGUCUAACAAGCCUUGCCUCCGAACAAGGAAGCUCUAUUAGAUUACAGGCGGUUCCCCAAAACCAUGGAGAGAUUGAGGUACAAGUUCACGAGGAUCGGUGUAUUCCUACUAGCAGCUCAAGAACAAGAGAGUGACAAACUUUUUGGACAGGGUUAAUAUGUGAUAGAAUUUAGGAUGGGGUAGGGAUAACUGGAUUGGGCUAUAAGACACUUGAGUUGAACAACAUUAAAAGAUUGAAUCCAAUCGAUUAGUUAGUUCAACUCAAGGACUUAUAUAACGGGUUAUUUUCUCUUCAAGUUCCGAUGUGGGAUACUCUUAACACUCCCCCUCAAGUGGACAACCGGGCCAUUUUGAAUCUAACCGGUUGACCACUUGCAAAUGAACUCCCAUUCCCUUGACUUUCUUUUUUUUAGCGCCAACACCUAAAGAACCACGAGCCGCUGGGUAUGGACUUCCAGACGAGCAAUCGUGUUAAACAGGCCACAUGCCGUUGGGUACAACCUCCAUACGGACAACUGGACUAAAGACUAACGGGCCGCUAGGAAUGAACGUCUAGCUAGACGGACACCUUGACAAACGAGGUGGGCUAAAACUGGCUC